UCAAGGACCACGACUUCGUGGUGCCGGACUACCUCGCCCGCACCCUCCACACCGUCAUCCGCGCCAUCCCCGACGCCGCUCCUGCCCCCCGAAACCCCACCGCCGAUGGCGCCAGUACCGGCACCAGGAGCCAUGAUGACGAGGAGGAGGGGCUGGGGAGCCGGAGCUUCACCAGGUGUGCCACGGGACGGUCACCCGGGUGGUGGGCGCCGGGUGCUUCGUCCGCCUCGACGGGCCGCGCGGCCGCGAGGGGCUCGUCCACACCUCCCGGAUGCCCGUCGCCGUGAAGCGCGGCCAGGAGGUGUUUGUCAAGGUCGUGUCCGUGCAGUGGGGCAAUCUGGAAUUGUCGAUGGUGGACAUCGAUCAGGAAAGUGGAAGGGUGCUCCCGCCACCACGGGGCGAUGGUCAGGUUGCUGUUCGAAGGGCGAAUCGAUCUGCUGGUCCUGCAGGCACCGCUGGGAAGAGGAUUGGGCUGUCUGGAAUUGUGAUCGAGGAGGAAGGUGCUCGGCCUGCACCACGAAGGCCGGUCAGGCGAAUGAGCUCCCCGGAGAGAUGGGAACUGAAACAGCUGAUUGCUUCGGGGGCACUGAAUGUGAGAGACUGCCCUGCGUUCGAUGAUGAUGAUGUGGGGAUACAUUACCAGGAAGAAGAAGUUGAGGAGGAGCUCGAGAUUGAGCUUAACGAAGAUGAGCCACCGUUCUUAAGUGGACAGGGCCGGUCAUCGAUUGACUUGUCCCCGGUGAGGAUUUCCAAGAACCCUGAGGGGUCACUAAGCCGAGCCGCGGCACUGCAGACUGCGCUUGUCAAGGAACGGCGUGAUAUUCGUAGCCAAGAGCAGAGAGCAUUGCUUGAUUCCAUCCCCAAGGAUCUGAAUCGGCCGUGGGAGGAUCCUUUACCUGAUGCAGGUGGGCGGUGCCUCGCACAGGAACUGAGGGGUGCCGGCUUAUCAGCACAGAGCAUGCCAGAGUGGAAGAAACAGGCUUAUGGCAAGACCGGAACAUUUGGGAAGAGGUCGAGCCUUCCGAUACAGAAGCAGAGGCAGAGCCUUCCCAUUUACGGGCUGAAGAAUGAGCUUAUCAAAGCUAUUCAUCACAAUCAAGUUUUGGUUGUUAUCGGGGAGACAGGGUCAGGGAAAACUACGCAGGUUACUCAGUACCUUGCUGAGGCAGGCUAUACUGAAGGUGGGAAAAUUGCGUGUACGCAGCCUCGCAGGGUUGCUGCUCAGUCUGUUGCAAAGCGGGUAGCAGAGGAGUUUGGUUGUCCAUUGGGAGAGGAAGUUGGCUACUCUAUACGCUUUGACGAUCACACUGGACCUGAUACGGUUAUUAAGUACAUGACAGACGGCAUGCUCCUACGGGAGAUUAUGGUAGACAAGAACCUCUCUUGUUAUUCUGUGGUCAUGCUUGAUGAGGCACAUGAGAGGACCAUCUAUACAGACAUUCUCUUUGGCUUGCUGAAGCAGCUCAUUAGGCGGAGAACUGAUCUCAAGUUAAUUGUCACUUCCGCCACUCUUGAUGCAGAGAAAUUCUCUAGAUAUUUUUUCGAUUGCAAGAUUUUCACGAUUCCAGGGAGAACGUUUCCCGUGGAGACACUAUAUGCAAAGGAGCCACAGAGCGACUACAUGGAUGCUGCAUUGAUCACAGUAUUGCAGAUCCAUCUGAGUGAACCCGAAGGUGAUAUCCUCUUGUUCUUGACUGGCCAGGAAGAGAUUGAUCAUGCCUGUAACUCUCUUCAUGAGAGGAUGAAGGUGCUGGGUAACGAUGUACCAGAGUUGCUAGUCAAUCCAGUUUACAGUGCUCUUCCAACUGAAAUGCAGUCAAAGAUCUUUGAACCUGCUCCUCCUGGGAAGAGGAAGGUGGUUGUGGCCACCAACAUAGCUGAAGCAUCUAUUACAAUAGAUGGGAUAUACUAUGUUGUUGAUCCAGGCUUUGCAAAACUUAACGUGUAUAACCCAAAACGAAGACUGGAUUCACUGGUUAUCACUCCGAUCUCACAGGCAUCAGCUAAGCAAAGAGCAGGACGUGCUGGGCGUACGGGCCCAGGCAAGUGUUACCGUCUGUACACUGAGAGCGCCUAUCGUAAUGAAAUGCCCGCCACGACAAUUCCAGAAAUUCAGAGGAUUAACCUGGGGUGGACGGUUCUUAAUAUGAAGGCAAUGGGGAUAAAUGAACUAGUGUCAUUUGACUUCAUGGACCCUCCAGCACCUCAAGCGCUUAUCUCUGCUAUGGAACAGCUGUACAGUCUUGGUGCCUUGGAUGAAGAAGGCCUGCUUACCAAGCUGGGGAGAAAGAUGGCUGAGUUUCCACAAGAACCACCACUUUCAAAAAUGCUCCUUGCCAGUGUGGACCUCGGAUGCAGCGAUGAAAUAGUGACUAUCAUUGCAAUGAUCCAAACUGGGAAUAUAUUCUACCGGCCAAGGGAAAAACAAGAUCAGGCGGAUCGGAAGAGGGGCAACUUUUUCCAGCCAGAAGGGGAUCACAUCACGUUACUCACUGUGUAUCAGGCGUGGAAGGCAAAGCAGUUUUCAGGACCAUGGUGCUUUGAGAAUUUUCUCCAGAUAACAUCACUAAGGAGGGCACAGGAUGUGAGGAAGCAGCUCCUGGAGAUCAUGGACAGGUAUCGGCUUGACGUCGUCUCUGCCGGCAACGAUCUCACCAAGGUAAGGAGGGCCAUUGCCGCAGGCUUCUUCUUCAACUCUGCCAAGAAGGAUCCCCAGGGAGGAUACAGGACUCUUGCCGAUCAUCAGCAGGUGUAUAUCCACCCAAGCAGCGCCCUAUUUCAUCAGCAGCCAGAGUGGGUAAUUUACAAUGAGAUUGUCAUGACCACAAAAGAGUACAUGAGGGAGGUGACAGCCAUCAACCCAGCGUGGCUCGUCGAGCUGGCGCCGAGGUUCUACAGAUCCGUGGACUCGACAAAGAUGAGCAAGCGGAAGCGCCAGGAGAGGAUCGAGCCUCUGUACGACAGAUACAACGAGCCCAACUCGUGGCGCCUCAGCAAGCGCCGUGGGUGAUUUUUGUCGGUGAAGUAAUUUACUGCAGAGGAGAGCUGCUAUGCGUUGGCAGCAUUAUACUCUGUCCGUGGUACAUACACCCAAGUGACGACAAAAUACUUGAACACUGAGAUCAGAUUGCUGAAGCGCUACUUCCUGAUUGCUGCUCACAGCUACAUAUUCCAAGUUUUUGUAUACUGCUGAUUGCUGAGAUUAUCAGGAGAGUGAACAAAAAGGCUAACUCAUGAUGCAUGCCACACAACAAAAAGUGGGGAAACCAGAUAAGGGGAAUCGGGACAUCUUCCCGGAACUCCCUGUCUUGCGCAUAUAUUAUUAACAUUAACGAGCUGUAAUUGUGUUGCUAUAUACAAUGAAGAUCUUUAUAUCAAGGGCCGAUCGCACUUUGCCAUGGAAAGACUGAGGAGCAGAAGUAUUCAGAAAUUGUGGUGCCAUCUGGUGUCAGGAGUCAGUAGUCAUCAAAGUAGCAGGGCAGUGGUUCUUCUUUCUUUGACUUGCGCCUACUGAGCAGCGACUUGAGGAACUUCUUGCUCUUCUUCGGGGUCUGCUCACUUUCCUUGGGAUCAUCGUUGUAUCUGUCAGCAUAUGACCGCAGCGGUGCCAAUCUCUUGGGAUCUGAAGGUGUCUGCAUAUUCAGUAACAUGAAAUAUCGUGUCAGUGUUGGAAGGCAUAUCAUUCCUGGUAAUCUUGUGCUCACAAGCCAUCUUGAUUUACCUGGACCCUUACACUUGAUGUCUUGAGCAAGGAUGGCUUCUUUGAGAGUGACCCAGACCUGUAUCAGAAGGUGGCACGAAGCGUGUAUGCUGUGCUGGAGAGGAUGAACGCGCACGCUGGGAAGGUGCACGGGCAAUCGACCGGAGCUUGCUGCAAAUGGUAGCUGUCAGUUUGGCAACUCAGCUGCAAAAUCCUUACAGCUGAAGGCUGGAUGCAUCUGUGUGGUCCUGUUCUUCACCUUAUUCAUCUCGCUGAAGUUGGGCACAGCAUUUGGAAUUGAAUCAUCUCCUGCUGAAAUCACUUAAGGGGUCAAGAUGUCUCGCCCAGGUUGACUCUUAUUCACUUCUCUUGCAUCUUCAACGUGUCGACAAGCUAGAAAACAGAGUCACAGGAAAGGCACAAAAAUAUCUUAUGGCUACUUACUCACCUGGUAAGAUGUACCUCUUGUGAUACUUUGGGGCGGUGAUCACCAACGAUUGCUGCGUCAGGCCUUCUCUGUUCAUGCAUGCUUGGCUCGCUUGAGUUCUCUGAAACCAACCGCUUCGUUAAUCUGAAAGCAUAAUAUUACACGGAAAUUACUGCUGAGCUCAGGAGGCACUAACUAAAACCUGCUGGAUGCAGGAGACCCGCAGAUUGGCUUCGGCCACCUGGUCGAACCUUUGACCAACAAGGCUGGAGACUUUGAAGGAUAUGGACCCUAGGUGGUCUACAGUGUUGACGAGGGCCUUCACAGCGUACUCCUUCAGGUUACUCACCACCCUGUUUCCAUAUGCAUACACAUAAAUAAAUAAAAAUGAGCAAACCAGGCAUGAGUUGCAAAAGCGUGGAAGCUUGCUGAUCAGCCACAUGAUCUUGUGCGGCAUACGGGAGGAAGCAAUGGCUAUAUGACAUACGCCUGCUUUCCGUCUUCCUGCAUGUAGGCUAGUUCAAAAUACUCCGCUGCAGAAUACAGUUGCGACCGCAGCGUCAUGAGAUCCUGCAUAGAGAGGUUGCUGUUGAUAUGAAAGUGCCCAAGCAAUAUCUGCUCCAAAUGCCUGAUUUGGUGCUAUUUUUAAAGCAUUUGGGCGUGACCGUCGAGUUAGUUCUAAAGAAGGUGGAGGGAAGGUGCAUCAUUCUAGGGGAAUAGGGAGAAACACGAGCAUAAUUUGACGGAUAAACUGACCUUGAUGGUUUCAGAGAAGAUGAAUGUCUCCCCCAUCUGCACCUCCUCCGGGGCGCCGCGCAUCCCCGUGGCGGCGGAGGCGCCUCUUCCCUGGAAAAGCCCCACCGCUUCCACCAUCCUGACUAGCCCUCUGUUCUUUUGCCUCUCUCAGGUCUCGUUUGAUGAGGAAGCUGGAUGGGAGUACAGGAUGAUACUAUGGCGAUGGUGGUGCAGAAGUGGGGAAGCACUCAUGGCGAUGAAUUCAACGAGCUGGAGGAAGAAGGCCGCGGGGGUUAGUCAUUAGCACGACAGGGCAGGGGAGGGCAGCUACCCACUGGAUCCAGAAGAAGUGCUUUGUUUUCCCGUAGCACUGUACCAUAUAGGCUCAACUCCAAGCAAGAACCUUGGGGGAUUAACUAGUGGUAUUUCCUCUGUCUGGGACAUGAUUGGCUUUCGCCUUGAUUAAGCAAAGUCAAAAGUGCUCUGUCCUCUGUGUCUCUCGCCCAUGGUUGCAACUAGUAGCAUAUUGUUUUAUGGCAGUUGUGUCUGGUCAUUGCUUUCACACUGCCUGGGCUGGGCCAACGGCUCGGGAAUCUGGAGCCUGCUUGUGUACCGCUGAUUCAACCGAAACUGGCGCACAUUGCGCCGGAUCAGCAGGCAGGCAGGUAGGUGUACCUGGUGCUGGAUAAAUAGAUGCAUAUGUUGUAUGGAAAUUGUGGUGAUUGAAUGGCAGAUGUUACUGCCAAGACGUAAAUCAAAAUUGUCUAUGUUUCAGUUGUUGUUUCCCUUUUCUGUUUCAGUUGCUGUUGUGUUGUUGCCAAGACGCAAAGGGAAUCGAAUGGAUAACUUUUUUUUCUUCAA